AUGGGCCUCCGUACCUCCACGAACGCCUCGCUCGGCGCUAUCCACAUCCCCUCCAGCAGAGGGUCGUCCCACGGCGCGUGUCCGACCGCCGCCAACGACGUCCACAUCCGUGUCCGCAUCGGGAUCGAAGUCGACGAGCGUCGGAGCGUCGUCUCCGGUGAAGGUGACGAACGACGGGACCUCGCAGUCGUCGACGAGGAAGAAACCGAUCGCGCGCAACAGCGUGGAGAGCUUGCCGGGGGCGCGGGCGAGAACGAGCGACACGCCUUUGGGGUGCGCGAGGAGUGGAUAGCGUUAGGGAACGACGGACCCGGAGACAUCAAAGUCGAGGUUUCCGGAUGCCGGGAUUACGGUAUUGGAGUCGAGGACGAGUUUGAGAAGCUCGUGUACGCCAAGGAAAUCGGUGAACAGCUUGUGGAUGCAGCGGUCGACGCCGGUGCAGCUUUCAAUGGCAGGCUCCCAGUCCUCCGGCUCCUCCUAGUCCACCUCCACCCGCGACUUCCAGUCGUACCUCUCCCGCAAAAGCUCCGCCGCCCGCGUCCCCCGCUCCACCCGCAGGUCGUGCUCCACCCGGAUCGCCUUGCACUCCCGCAGCACGUCCGGGUGGUGGAUGAACUCCGUCUACCUGGCCCCGCGUCCGACAGCGGCCCGCGCGGUGCGAGCGCGAUCCGCUCGUACGAGUUGCCCUGUGCCGCGGUGCUCGCCUGGUGCGCAGCCGCAAGGGUCAUGGACAGGCUGUGGGACUGGGAGAGGAGGAUGUUGUACUUGGAGAGGACCUCGGGCCAGGGGGGCAUGAUGGCGGCGCCGCCCAUGUUGAGGCGGUAUGAGGAUGCCAUCGAGAACCUACCGACGCUGGUCGCGUACCAGGAGUUCGACGGCGAACACCAGGUGGCGAAGGUGUCGGAGCACAGCGACCACCUGCCUGAAACCGCGUUGACGUCGACCUCGGUACGUCCGAAGGCUCCUCUCCCCACCCGCGCCCGCCCGCCGCAUACUCCGUCGCCUGCGCGCAAACCGCAUGUAUACAAGCAGACCCAGUCUUCGAUGUCUCCUGCGGCAGACGCAUCCUCCCUCCCCUCCCUCACGGCAUCGUCUGCUCAUUCUGGCGUCAAGAAUCUUCAUGGGCAGGGCGAAGCCAAGACCGGGCGAGAUGCUGGCUACAUUCCCGGACCUCUCCAACUGCGCCAUUGCCGCCUUGUCGUCGCCGAGGUUUCAACGUUCGAGUCGUCUCAGCAGCUGGUCCGGACUAUCUACUGGCCUUUUCGUGCCCAUGCACAUGCGUAUGAAGUUUCCGAGGUCCUCCACGGUGAUGUUAGCGCGGGCAACAUCCUCGAUCUUCCACGCCAAGGGAUGCUCUGCGACUGGGAGAUGGCCCGAAAGACCGCACUUUCCGAUGAAUCUCAGGACGAGCGCACCGAGCCUGGCCUUACAUGA